GGCGGCGGCGCGCGAUGGCGGCGCGGCGCGGGGCCCUGUGCCUGCUGCUGCUCUGCCUCCUGGCGGCGCCGCUGCCCGGCGGCGCCGGCGGCUCGGAGGCGGCGGGGACGGCGGAGGCGCCGGGCGGCGCGGGCUCCGGGGAGAGGUUUAAGAUCGAGGGCCGGGCCGUGGUGCCCGGGGUGAAGCCGCAGGACUGGAUCGCGGGGGCUCGGGUGCUGGUGGACGGGGAGGAGCACGUCGGCUUCCUGAAGACAGAUGGCAGCUUCGUGGUGCACGAGGUGCCCUCGGGCUCCUACGUGGUGGAGGUGAUAUCCCCUGCUCACAAGUUCGAGCCCGUGCGAGUUGACAUCACCUCCAAAGGCAAGAUGAGAGCCAGGUAUGUGAACUACAUCAAAACCUCUGAGGUUGUCAGGCUGCCAUACCCACUCCAGAUGAAAUCUUCUGGACCUCCUUCAUACUUCAUAAAGAGAGAGUCCUGGGGAUGGACAGACUUCCUCAUGAACCCCAUGGUGAUGAUGAUGGUUCUUCCCUUGCUGAUAUUUGUGCUGUUGCCCAAGGUUGUCAACACCAGUGACCCUGACAUGAGAAGGGAGAUGGAGCAGUCCAUGAACAUGCUGAACUCCAACCACGAGCUGCCGGACGUCUCGGAGUUCAUGACGAGGCUCUUCUCCUCGAAGGCUUCAAGCAAGUCCGGGGGCAGCAGCAGUAAAGCAGGGAAGAGUAGCUCUGGAAAGAGGAGGUAGCUGAGCCUUCCUCCUGAGCCUGGU